AUGUACGCACUGUUGGCUGCGACAUCCAGCCGCAUGAGACGAGUCUCCGGCGUCUCCUUUCGCCCCGGAAAUAGUCCCGAAAUCUAUCUCCACAAGGCACUCCAAUGUCUGCGGAUGUUGCUCGAUGACCAGUCGGCGGCCGAGGACCGUCAGAUCAUCCUCGACAUCUAUUAUCUAAGCGUGUGCGGGUGGUAUAUGGAGAGCUACGGCGAGUCCAUGACUCACUUUAAUGUUCUGAAACACUUUUGGAAGACGCUGACUCCUAGGGAAUCUACGCUGGAUCAGUAUAUUUACGAGAUGCUCAAUUACAAUGCCAUUUUCCUGGACUGCGACGCUGCAUAUACACCGGAGUCCGUGCUGCCCGGCCUUCUCCAUCCUUCUACGGCAAGUGGGAGCAGCUACCACUCCUCAACCUUGCAGCCCGAGCGCCACUAUUCAUAUAGCCAAUGUUCCGCCUUCCGAUUAGCACUCGAACACACGACGUACAGUCCCGACUUGAAAAAGGUCGUACAAGAACUCCCAAUUCUUCUACGGCUCUACAACUACCUCCACCAAAAACCCGACUUUAUCGGUCCCGAGACAGACUGGGUGCGCAGCAAGAGCAAAGCCCUUGUCCUCCGGUUGCUGGAACUGCCCAGCUACGGCGGCGAACUGUACUGCCGUCUCGCAUUGGUGUUGUUGCUCCACCACAUCUCCCAAUCGACUGCGACAAAGUCUUCGACCAUGUCCGACUCCACCUGCUCCUCUCCAGAGCCCGACAACCCUAAGCCCAAACCAAAACACAAAUCCACUUCAAUCGACCCCGUCGCAAUCACCCUCCGACUCAAACGCCAACUCCAGUACGAAAUCCACCUUCCCUCUAACGAGAUCUCCGCCGCCGUCACCUCCAUUAUCAAAAACGGUACUGCUUCUGUCCCCGCCCCGGCCCCGAGUCCCACCUCCUCGACACAACAAUCACCACCCUCACCCCCCACCAAAGCGCAAGUGAUCUGGACCGGCAAAUCCGACCCCUUCCUCCUCUGGAUUCUGACCACGGGCCUCUUCUCCGCGCGCAUCACGCAGCAAACCCCCGAAUAUCAGUGGUUCUGGGCCCGCGCGAUGGCGCUGAUCCGCAUCUUGGGGGUCAAGAGCAUGAAGCAGUUGGAGGAGCUGGUCCGGUCCUUCGUCUGGGUGGAGGGGAUGCUCGACGACGACGGCCUCGAGGAUAUCUUGCCGUCUGGGGGCGCUUGA